AUGAACCAAUAUCUCGAAAAAAGUGUACUUUUUACAGUAAGUUCAACAUUUUCGUGUAAAUGAAAACUGGACGAUUAUUUACAGAUUCUGUCUGUGUUGUACGCUGAUAGAAUUGAUAAUGGCUUGAUUGGUGAGAAUAUUGUGUUAAUCUAGAAGUCAUUAAUACGAGAACAUGUUUUUCCAGGCAAUCCAUUUGUUCAGUGUGGUAGCGAACACUUAUCAAUUAAUUUUAAAACGCGUAGCGCUUUCGAAGGACAUGCUUAUGUCAAAGGGCAUUACAGGUAACAAUUAAACUUAAAUUUUUGUCUUCUUACUCUAAAAGUUAUGUCGGGGCGUUGAAAUUCAUCAAAUAAUCUCAAAUUGAUGUUUUCAGCAUGAAAGAAUGCCGGACAGAUGCAACUCUCGAGCCUACAGUUAACCUUUCCAUUCCAUAUUCGGCUUGUGAUGUUAUUCGACAAAGAUCUGUGAGUGUAUCCAACGGGAAAUUCGUUGCCAUUUUUUGGUUUUUAUGAAGUUAGAAGUUAGGAUAGAGGUCAAGGUGAAGCACGAGACACGCAAAGAAAAGAUUGGUUUAAUCAGCCGUGGGUCGACUAUUUGCUGUCCUCCGCACUGUAAUUAACCAAGAAAUAUGUGACAUUGAAUUCGCAGUCGGGAAAAUGAACACAGCAUACUUUUUGUCAAUUCGCUUUAACGUGAAGAAUAUUCAGAGCAAUCCAAAGGGAAUAAUGAUGACAGCUACCAUAAUUCUUUCAUUUCAUCCAAUGUUUAUUACAAAAACGGAUAAAUCGUACAAAGUUCAGUGUUUUUAUGCAGAGUCUUCUAAGACUGUUACACAGCAGUUGAAUGUAGAGUAAGCAAGCUUUUCCGAACGUAAAGUCAGGAUAAAACAAUCUCAGAAUCGAUAAAGAGCAAGAGAAAAAGAUUUUCGUAAUGGUUGGGGAUGAUGAAGCCAAUAGUGAUAAUGAACAUCCUGUCAAAAAUCAGUCUAGAAAGAUGAACGAGUAAGUUUAAACGUUUUAAAUAUGAACUUACACAAAUUAUUUAGUCAAUCCGUGGAGAAACGGAUCGAGUACAACGUCCCACUGCCAGAAUGCAAUUACCGAGUUCUGAAUGAGGCGAGAAAUGAGGAAGUUGCAUUUGCAAAAGUUGGCCAAGUCGUCUAUCAUGAAUGGUCUUGUGCAAGCAAAGACAAAAAUGGUAGGAUUACUCGAACUUUUGAGAUUUGCAGCUAAUCAUUUUUGUAGAAGUUUCUCCGUUUUGUCUAACUGUUCAUUCGUGUAAUGUCAAAGAUGAAACUGGAAAAGAAGUGCAGCUAUUUGAUGAAAAUGGAUGUGCGGUUGAUAAAUAUCUUAUAAACAACUUGGAAUACUCGGACGAUUUGUCAGGCGGACAGGUUUCUCAGGUAUAUAUGACUUAUGUUAGUUUUCACUGUGAAUGCUCGCUUAGGUGUUCAAAUUUGCCGAUCAGCCAUCCGUAUUUUUUCAAUGCAAAAUACGUCUUGGAAUAAAAAAUGAAGAUGGAUCAUGUCAACGGUCGUCGGAUAAUUGCCCUGCCGCUCUUCGUGGUAAACGAUCCGCUGGCCAGGAAGAUGAGGACGAUUUUGACGUCGUCUCACAAACGUUGACCAUUUUAGACAUUGAUGAACCAACAAGUGAGCGUUUAUUUUAAACAGAAAUAAUAAUGUCUCAUUAAUCAUUUUCCAUUCAGAAGCCAGCAAAAGAAAAUCAGAACUACAGUUUUCCAAGAUGAUUGUCUCGCCAGACGUAUGUGUCUCAACUAAAACUGCUACAGGAUUACUAAUACUACUCUCUUCAACUAUUUUUGUCUGUUUUAUAACACUAUUAUUACUUUGCUUUCGACAUCAAACUGUUAGAGUCAAACUUGCUCCGUAAAUAUGAAAAAUGACUUUUUAAACUUUUGCAAAUUGUAAUUAGACUCGGUUUUUUUGUUGUUACUCUUCCACAAAACAUUCACAAUCUAUCCUUUCUUGCUCUAAUUCUCAGAAUUCUCAAUCUUUGCAAGCUUGCUCGUUCGUUCCAAUUAGGCAUUAUUCUGUUGAUCCUAAAGCAGUUAGCAGGAAACUAAACACCAUGUUUGUCACACUUUCACUUCCAAUUUCUUGGGUCAGAAACCCUCUGUCAAAAAGCAAAACGUUAUGCAUGUUGUGGAAAUUGAAUCAAAAUUUCACAAAAGCAUCGCAGAUUUUGGAUUCGUAUUUUUCGGAUUUCGAAUCGGAGUUUUCAGUCCGAAAUCUUCUUUUUAGUACAUUUCAAAGUGUUUUGACGCGUUUUCAAUUAGAAUCCAGAAUAUCUCUUCAAUUACACAAUAUCCCUAUUUAGUCAAAGUUUUUCAACUCUCCUAGCAUGUGUACAUGUUUUGUUAUUCACACACACACAGAUGAUGAACUGCAAUCAUUCGGUUUUUGAUGAAUUGCUCUUCCUGAGGGAAUCAUCAUGUACGGAUCACACUAUAUGUCAGCAGCAUAACUUGUCAUUUUUCUUGGCUCUAUUGAAACAUUACAAAUUUUUUGCACGCAGUGUGAAUCUGGCCUAAUUACUGCCUUGUGCAUUCAUUAUGGACAGCUUGUUGGGAAGACGAACGCCAUCUGUUUCAUUUGAUAGCCGCGAUUUAGGAAUUAGGAACACCAUCUGAGAUACUUGACUUUUAAUCGAAAAUAUAAAUGUUUUCCUAGUUACAAUCUUCGAGUGUUUUUUGAAUGAUAAUUUAGAUAGUUUCAGAUUUUUUCUUGUGAAAACAAUGCGAAACAGUACUUCCCAUGGCUACCUAACUUGAUUUCAAUCGUCUGAAAUGAACUCUUCGACUUUGUUACUGCUAAUACUCUACAAGAACUUGAUACUAGGGGACUCAUGCCCCAUCGGGUGCUUUUGCAACGGUAUGAAAUUUUGUAAAAUCACUUGGAAAAAGUCUCUUUCUAUGAGAAUUUAGAAACUAAUAUUGCUUGCCACAAUUUGGAUCACAACGGCAUUGACUUUUUGGUGGAUGCUCUUUCCAGCGCUCCAUUUAAUGGAAUAUUCAACUUGACCAUUGAUGGAGCAAGCAAUUUCUCAAUCAAUUUGUUGCCAGAGCUUCAAAACUUACGGUAGGAAUGACUACAACUGAUCUCACCAUGUUCUAAUUCAGAUUUCUUAAAAUCGCCAACUCACCCGAUGAGAGUCAAUGGAUUCUGAAGCAUAAUCAGUUCCGCGAUGUACAAGUGCUACGCUACACGAAUUGUAGUCUCAAGGUAUUGUUCACAUUGAAUUAGGAGAUUUUAAGAACAUUUCCAGGUUUUUCCAAGAGCUCUUACCAUCGCUUUCCCAGCUUUACGAGAAUUGGACCUCAGUGAGAACAGGUUGGAGAACAUUGGGUCCGAUUCGAUUCAUUUGCAACAACUAGAAAGGCUGUUGAUAAAUAAUAACAUAAUAAUGGUGGGUAGCUGGGAUUAUAAUGAAAAAAUAUGCGUGAACGAGUUUUAGAACAUUGGUGUUCAUGUGUUCCGCUAUAUGCCGUCUCUCCGGUUUUUAGAACUAAACGGGAAUGUUAUGAAGCAACUUGUGGUAAGUCCAUCCGAAAAUUAAUGUGCACAAUCGUCCUUACAGACUAGUGACUUCACAUCAGCAGUAUUUCUCAGAGAAUUGAGCCUUCGCAGCAAUCACAUACAGUAUAUUGAAGCCGACACUAUAAACCCGUUACAACAACUCGAAAAAUUGGAUUUGAGCGGAAAUUAUCUCAAUGAAAUCCCAAUUGACGCUCAACAAACAUUUCGAAGCUUAUAUUUCCUUAAUUUGAGUUUGAAUCCUCUGGGAAUUAUGAAAGAAAAAUCGCUGCAAAUAUCUGAAUUGCAAGUUCUGGAUCUUAUCAACUGUAGCAUGUUGAUUGUGGAAUCAGGAGCUUUUAUUGGAACACCUCGAUUGCAUUCUCUUAACCUCCGAGACAAUCCAAAUCUCAGUUUUAUUUCACCAUUUGCGUUCGAAAACAACACUGCAAUCUACAGGUUUCUCAAAUUUUGUAACAAUUGAUUCAUGACAAAGUUUUAGAUUGGACAUGCAAAAUACUGGACUGAAACGAAUACCUCUAUCAAUUCUAACUCAUGUUAGUCAACUGUAUAUAAAAGACAUUGCCCUGGAUUGUUCCUGUGCUGCAAGAGAUAUGCGUGACUUUGGAGCAGUUACAAUCGCGGAUUGGAAUGAUGCGACAUGUCGCACAAAACGUGGAAUAAUUCAGAAGUAUUGAAAAUAGUUAUUUUUAUUGAAAUCAUUGUGACUUUUGCUUCAUUCAGACUUUCCCACUUGAAACGUGGUGAUGAUAAUUGCCGAGAAGAUUUACUCAUACCAUUAGGAACAGUACAAACUGCAACUGUGGGCGAUUCUUUUCGAAUUCAUUGUGCUAGCAAUGGUUUCCACUAUCAGUUACUAUGGAAAGCGCCAAAUAGUACAACAAUAGAAGCAAAAACUCCGGUUAUCAGAAGCCAAAAGAAAAGUAAACUAGAUUAUUUCACCACAUCUUUGCUAGACCCGUUAUACUCAAAAACCUACGAAGAAAGAGUGCAUGUCUCUACUGAAUACUACGGUUUCGACAUAGUUCUGGAGAACGAUGCCGGGUAUUACAACUGCUUCACGAAAUAUGACGGACCACUUCAAACAAUCGAACUGAAAGUGGAAAAGCCUGAUAUACAGUUGAACGUUUCUCACGUUUCAACAACUUCAAUUCAUGUCAGCUGGAGUCACAAUUUGAAGAUACAAGCUGUUGAUAGGUAUAAUACUUUUUAGAAAUGUUUGUAAAAACUAGUAUUUGUGAAUUCAGAGUCGCACUGCAGAUAACAGCUUCAAAUAAGAAUCGCUUUAAGCGUCAAGUUCAACUAUCUUUGUAUAAUAUGUUCCGAAGUUAUAACUUGGUCAAUUUAUCUGCUGAUGAAGUGUUUGAAAUUUGCUUGGAAUGGUAUUUAACGGAAAAUGGAGCAAAUAUCUAUCGCUCUUGUGUUUCACAAAAAACCAAACCUUUCAAAUCAAUUAUUCAAAGCAUAUCGAUCACACCUCUAUUGUAAGUCAGAAACAAUUUCAAAGAGAAACACCGAAUAACUAAUUUCAGAGUUAUAAUAAUCAUUUUGUUAAUCUGCAGUUGUACGUGUAUAUAUAAAAGACGCUACGAAGUGUCCGUCAUCAAGAAAAAAGCAAAAAUGCAGCAAUCGGUUUCUGGUCAAUCUAUGCUUUCCCAAUCUUCGUCAGAAGCCAUGACAUACGAAAAUGUUCAAUUAAACGUAAAUAACUAACUGAUAUUGCUUUAAAACAUACAUUGAUAUUUUCAGGUGUUAUCUUUCUCCGAACGACUCCUCGCUUAG